AUGGAGAAAUCAGAGACAAGUACGAUGUCUCUAAAUGAUAUAAAUUUGGAAGAAAUGCAACGAAAGCAACAACAGCAGAAUAAUAUUUAUAUAUCAGGAACCCCAUCCCUCGACGAUCAACAACUGCAUCAGAUACAAAAGAAUAAUAAUAAUAACACUGCUAUUCAUAAUAAUGAUAAAGUAUCUAAACAUUAUAAUAAAGAUACAACAACCAAGGGGAAAUAUACAUUAAAUGAUUUUCAAAUUUUACGUACAUUAGGUACAGGAUCAUUUGGUAGAGUUCAUUUAACUCGAUCAAUUCAUAAUGGAAGAUUUUAUGCCAUGAAAACAUUAAAAAAGGAACGAGUAGUGAAUAUGAAACAAGUAGAACAUACCAAUGAUGAAAGAAGAAUGUUAAAAUUGGCCCAGCAUCCAUUUAUAAUUCGAAUGUGGGGGACAUUUCAAGAUUGUCAUAAUUUAUUUAUGAUUAUGGAUUAUAUAGAAGGAGGAGAAUUAUUUUCAUUAUUAAGAAAAUCACAAAGAUUCCCAACCCCAGUUGCUAAAUUCUAUGCUGCUGAAGUAUUUUUAGCAAUUGAAUAUUUACAUGGAUUAGAUAUAAUUUAUCGUGAUUUAAAACCAGAGAAUAUCUUAUUGGAUAAAAAUGGCCAUAUUAAAUUAACUGAUUUUGGAUUUGCUAAAGAAGUUACUGAUGUUACUUAUACUUUAUGUGGUACUCCAGAUUAUAUUGCUCCUGAAGUAGUUGCAACUAAACCUUAUAAUAAAUCAGUUGAUUGGUGGUCAUUUGGGAUUUUAAUAUUUGAAAUGUUAACUGGUUAUACUCCAUUUUAUGAUCCAACUCCAAUGAAAACUUAUGAAAAUAUUUUAAAUGGUACAAUAACUUAUCCUGAUUAUUUACCACCGGAUAUUUUGGAUUUAUUACAAAAAUUGAUUGUUAAAGAUUUAUCUCAAAGAUUAGGUAAUUUACAAGGUGGUUCAGAAGAUGUUAAAACACAUCCUUGGUUUAAAGAGGUCAUUUGGGAAAGAUUAUUAUCUCGAGAUAUUGAAACUCCUUAUGAACCUCCAAUUACUUCUGGUGUUGGUGAUACUUCCCAAUUUGAUAGAUAUCCUGAAGAAAAAGAAUUGGAUUACGGUAUCAGUGGAGUUGAUGAUCCUUAUGGAAAUUUAUUCUUGGAUUUUUAA